GUGCCGUUUAACCCCGCCCCUCGUCUUCUUCUCCUCCCCAAAAUGGCGGCGGCCACAAGCGGCGAGGCGGUGGUUUGUGGCGACGGCCCGGCGGGGGGCGGGAAAAGGGGCCACUUGGGGAUCCCGGAGGCCGUGUUCGUGGAAGAUGUAGACUCUUUUAUGAAACAAGCAGGAAACGAGACUGCAGACGUAGUCCUCAAGAGGUUGGAUGAACAGUAUCAGAAAUAUAAAUUUAUGGAACUUAACCUUGCCCAGAAGAAAAGGAGGUUAAAAAAUCAGAUUCCAGAAAUUAAGCAGACAUUAGAAAUCUUAAAGCACAUGCAAAAGAAAAAGGAAUCUACAAACCUAAUGGAAACCAGAUUUUUAUUGGCAGAUAACCUCUAUUGUAAAGCUUCAGUACCUCCUACAGACAAAGUCUGUCUCUGGUUGGGGGCCAAUGUAAUGUUGGAGUACGAUAUAGAUGAGGCCCAGGCAUUGCUAGAAAAGAAUCUCUCCACAGCCACAAGAAACCUGGAGUCUCUAGAGGAAGACCUGGAUUUUCUUAGGGAUCAAUUCACUACUACAGAAGUCAAUAUGGCUAGGGUUUAUAAUUGGGAUGUAAAGCGAAGGAACAAGGACGACCCAUCCAAAAGCAAAGCGUAGUUCUGCCAGUUUUAAAAAACAGCUCUGAUUUUCAAAGUAUUUUUUUAUUUUUAAAAUGGCCCCUUUCUGGUUCAUCUUUCAACAGACUGUUUAAUUUAAUUGCUUUCGUUGAGAACAUAAACACCUAAAAUAAUGAUGAGCUGCUCCUUAUUUAUUUGCAAGCUGUAUUCAGUUCCAUGCAUGCGACAUGAAAUUAUGGCCGGUUGGGGAAAGGAGGCCCAAGGGAUUCGGCUUUAUCGGCCUUAGAAACAAAUCUGCAACAGGGAGAACCUUACCAGAGGGUUUGUCUGAAAAGGUAAGGUGCAUUUUGGACUUUUGAGACUAGGACAUUUCAGCAGGGGUUGCUUUAUCUUCUUGGCCAGAAAGUAUAAUCUGUUAGUAGAAUGAAGAAGUUUGUGUCCAUUGCACUCCUGCCCUUUUGGCAUUGCUGUUCAAACAAUUCCCAAUUCCAUUCUCAGUGUAGCUUUAGGUACCUCACACAAACAUGGCAGCCUAUGAAAAAAAGGAUGAAACCGUUGGAAAAAAACAACUGAGACCUGUAUAUGGUCUCUCUCAGUCCUGUGUUACCAUAACUUCUUGUUUAUUUGUCUGAAAUUGGGGAGUGUUUGGAUACCGAUCCCCUGCUGCAUUUGGUCAACACACUUGCCGUCCUUUCUGUCUCGUUCGGAUGUCUUAAUGCUUGCAAAGUCACUCUGUGAAACCUGCAAUUAAACACGGAUGGUGUAUUUGAGCCUUGCUCCCAUUGCUAACAAGUGGAACCUUAUUCCCAUGUUACUUAUUAUGAAGCUUUGCAAAAGUGUUACCUUGACACCUCUCGAUUUCUGUUUAUUUUUUGAAACGGCGCUGCACACCUUACGGCCAAAAUUAGCAGCAUUGCUGGCAAGGCAAGGUUCACUUCGGAAUUAAAAGCAAAUGUUAACUGUGUUCUAGUUUCAUGUCACAAAUAAUUCCUGUAAAGUUUUUUGUACUUUUAUUUCAUUAUAUUAAAGACAGUGAAACUUGAAA